AUGGUUGGUCGGACGAGACUGACUCUUGUACAAAUGCAAACCGUUAUCGCGCAGAUAGAGGCGAUAUUGAACGAUCGGCCUUUAAUGCGCGUUCUAACUGACAUCAUAAGCUUUGAGCCACUUACUCCUGCCCAUCUACUCUACGGUCGGCGAAUGAUGACACUACCGUCUCAUUAUGCAGCAGAUGAGGAGUUAGAAGAUCCAAUCUAUGGGCGAGCUACGGAACCCCUGAUUCUAUCCAAAGCCUACCUUCGAACGCGAAAUGUUUUAAGUGCUUUCUGGCGCAGAUGGAGCACCUUCUAUCUCCCGUCCCUGCGAGAACACCAGCAAGCAACAAAAGGAACCCUCAAAGAAGUGAUCAAGAUUGGUGAUGUCGUGCAAAUUCAUCAAGAAGGUGAAAGAUCAGAGUGGAAGCUAGCAGUAGUGGAACGACUUAACCGAGGAGCGGAUGGUAUGGCACGUUCGGUUGAAAUACGGACGGCACAGGGAAGAACCAAUCGUCCCAUUAACAAGCUCUACCCGCUGGUGUUUGAGCCGGCGGAAACAUUGAUCAUUGUGUCAAAAUAA